UACCGUUUCUGUAUGUUGAAUCGCAUCAUUACCGUCCUUCUGGGAUGGAUCCUCUCACGGAUCUCCUGCAGCGCAGUCUUAUAAAGCGUAUUCGCCAGGCCUGCUCUAACUGCCGACGACGGAAAACCAAGUGCACAGGGGAGCGGCCAGUCUGUUUUCAAUGUCGUCGCAAUAGACAUACCUGUGUCUACGAGCCAUGUGUGUCUUUGACAACAUGCCAGGUUCAAUUAUCACAACGAAUAUCCCUACUCGAACAACGCCUAGCCGAGCUGAGCGAGCAGAGCAUCUUGCAGCCCGGGCCAUUGGGAGACCACGCACAGUCGCAACAGCCAAUCGACCUGUCGCAACCUCCUUCCACCACCGCCGCUGCUGCCGCCGCCGCUGGGGAGCGCCCCUAUUGCAUGCCGCCUCAAUCCGUUCUAGAUUCUACCGUCGAUGCAUACUUCAUUCAUGUUCAUAAUCAGCCAUACAGUAAUGUCCAAGAAGCGAGCUUUCGCCGCACACUGCAGGAUCGAUCCUUGCCUAACUGUCUGAUUCUGGUUUUACUGGCCGCCGCUGUUCGUUUCUCUACACAUGAUUUCUACAGAAGCAGGCAGCGAGAGAUGUCUGAGGUCUAUAUACGGGAAGCAUGGCUUUCUGUGUUGAUGAAUCACUUGAACGAGGAUAGUAUAGAUAUAUACACGGUACAGACAAUCAAUAUACUCGCUGUGAUUGACUUUACAGCCGGAAGAAUUAACUCAGGCUGGCUCAAAACCGGGCUAGCUGCUCGCAUAUCCCAAGACCUUGGUUUGAUGGUAGAGCCCAAGGAAUGGAGAGUGCCGGCUGAACAGGAGGAGCGCCGGCGAGUGUUCUAUUGGAAUACCACAUUGCAGGAUACGCCUAGCUUCGUUGCUCUGGUGAUUCUCCUCGCAUUGAUCCUCGGACGUUGCACACGCUAUGUGUACGGCGUUCGGUACAGCGACGAGAUACCACCCUGGGACACAAAAUUGGAGUAUGCGGCCGUAUGCUCCCUCUUACUCUUAUUCGAACACUAUGCCGAGCUGAGUCCAGUAAAAGUGACGGACCUGGCUUCUGGACGAGACGGGAUUAUGGGAGAUCACUAUAAUUAUCAGGAGCUUGGUCAUCUCGUUUUCGCACAUACCCUCUUCCAUCUCUGCCAUUGCUUGUUGAACCAGCCUUUGAUCCUAUGCCAGUCCCUUCGACCCUUUAAAGCCAAAGUACCCGGCAGCUUUGCAGCCCAGGGGAUGAAAGCGGGCAUAGACCAUGCCGUACGUCUCAUACAUCUACUGCAGGAUGUGCUUAAUGCAGGAGGACCCGUCCAAUCCUCAUUCUAUGCAUAUUGUUUGGUAGUUGCGGGCGGAAUCGUAUCAAUUGCAUCUCACGAGACGACUCAGAGUCCCAAACCUCAGUCUUCUGAGAUGCUGGAAUGUUUUCAAAGUGGGCUGCACAUGAUUGAUGGACUGGCCAGCCUGUGGCCGCACGCCAGUCAUAUGUCUCUUCGUUUACGGAAUUUGCACGAGCAGCGGCACAAUCUCGACAGCCUGCUAGAUACGACGGGCAGGACGCAAGACAUCGAUCCGCUCUGCGGAGCGACCUUCUGGUCUAUUCUGGACUAUUCCAUCGUGAGCAGCGACCCUAAAAAGACCAUGCCAUCGCCAAUGUCGUGGGCAUUGGGAUUUGAUAUGUUCGCCGCCCCCCUUCUCUGGCUCAACAACAUAGAUCCAACGUAA